AUGAAGGCUGCGCAUGCUGCGCGAAAGGUGCAGAGCUGCCUUGAGAAUUUGGAGCAAAGGAAGUUGGACCAGGUGGGCUGCACAGCGGCUUUGUCAGAAUGCCGCAAAGUCACAGCAUGGCAACUCGCUGCUCAACUCCUUUGUCAGAUCGAUUUGCUGGGACUUAAACCCGAUGCGGUGACCUAUGGGGCUGGGGUCAGUUGCUAUGGUCGCGCAGCGCAAUGGGAGAGAUCUUUGGCCUUGUUCAAUCGAGCUCAGCAACAACAAAUCCAGAGCCUUGACAGCCGGCUUGGAAGCGGUUCUGAAAUGCCUAGCUGGCUGGUGCUACCUUCCAUUAUCACCUAUAGUGCCCUAACUUCGGCACUUGGCCGCGGUGGUCAAUGGACCCUUGCUGUGGCGUUGUAUGACAUGAUCCGCGCUGAGCCAGUGACUUUGAAUGAAGUGUUCUGCGAGGCCAUGAUCACAGCCUGUAGCCUGGGCAAUGCCUGGGAAGCUGCUUUACAUUUCCUCUUUGCAAUGCCAGGUUUGGGGCUUCAACGAAAUGAGGUCACCUACAAUGCGGCCAUCGGCGCGGUGGAAGGGACGCCACAUUGGCAGCUGGCAACGCUGCUUCUUGAACAGAUGGCCAGGGAAAUGGUCCCAAGCACGAUCAGCUACCAAGCAGUGAUGAGUGGCUGCAGCAAAGCACAAGCAUGGCAAGUUGCAGUUCAUGUGUUCUCCAGGUUGGAUCCUGCCCAUUUGAGCGAUGGCUGCUGGGCUGCUGCAAUUUCAGCUUACCACCAAGGCUCACAAUGGAGAAGCGCUCUACAGAUGGCAAGCCAAGUCCUAGGACCCAAAUCCUGUGGUGCAGUUAUGGCUGGUUGUGGGCAGCAAGGUCGUUGGCAUUUUGUGGUCGCUUUGCUUGAGAAGAUGCUCUGGAGGCAGAUAUCUGUUAACAACUCUCAUUUCCAGGCAGCCAUCAGCGCAUGCAGGAGUUGGCAUUGGUCACUUUGGUUAUUUCAAAAAUCUCAGGAAUGCCAAAUAAACUUGGGAGCUGCCACCUUGAGCAUGGCACUCAGCACAUUUCGGAGCGGGUCCCAAUGGGAGAUGGCCUUGAUGUGUUUGGCCCAGUGUGACGGUUCCGAUGGCACCGUUCACUGCAGCAACGUGGCCAGCAUUGUCCUGGCUCUGGGGGAGGCAUCCCAGUGGCAGCACGGUCUGGAGAUGCUGCAGGUGGAUGUGAGGGUGGCCAAUGCAGCCAUUACUGCGUGCGCAAGGGGUGGCCAAUGGCAGCAGGCCUUGGCCAUCUUUCAACAUCUCCAUGACCUGGGUAGAGCAGACGCCACGAGUUUGAGCGCAGCAAUCAACGCCUGCGGCACUUGGCAGUUUGCCGUUGGCCUUUUGGAGAUUUCGCAGAAAACCACACUCCAACUCAGCAUUGAAAGCUUCAAUUCAGCGAUUACCACCUGCAAAGACGCGUGGGAGCGAGCCUUGUCUUUCUUGCUUCGUUUGAAGUCGGCACAGCUUACUCCAGAUGAGAUCACCUGUGGUGCCCUCGUCAGUUCAUGCGAAAAUGCCACCGCAUGGCAGGUAGCACUCAAUGUGUUUUGGGAAGUCCAGCCGGAGAUCGCUGGCAUCGCUUCGACACAUUGCUUCGAUAGUCUAAACCGUGUCCUCGUGAAGGCAGAGAAGUGGCAAGCCUCACUGCAAGUCAUUGAAGCUAUGUUGCAACAGAGGCUGAUCCCCAACGGAAUGCAUGUGGCUUCAACCUCGAAAGCGAUGCAAGGAUUGCGUCCAGCUGCUGCUGCACGGCUGCUCCGCACAGCUCUCAGGUGGUGGAAGUUGCAGGACGAAAUGGGCGAAAUGGGCGGGCGAAGUCUUAGAAGUCUCCAUGUCCCCCAGAUCUUGCAACAAGCAGCUUGUGAUCUGAAAGUUCUGGCCUGGAGACCUGGAAUCUUGGCUAUCGCCAAGGCACCAGAUCGCAGCAGCGAAAGGAUCCUGGAGCAGUUGAGGGAUUGUGUCCAGUCAGUAGAUCCUAAUUUGGCACAUUUUACAUCUGUCUCCAGGCUGGAUUUCCCGACCUCAGGAGUUUUGAUUGUUGCGCAUGGUGGGCCAAAUUCUGUUGCAGCGAAUUUUCUGCAGGCACAGUUUGCAAGUCGACUGGUAAAGAAGCAAUACCUUUGCUUGGUGCAAGGUGAGUCGUUGGGUCCUGCAGGCUCUCGCGGUGAAAUUUCUCAACCGCUUCUGAUCACGAGCGUCACCUCUCGGAAUGGGCCUUCUGCAAGAGUUGAGCCGAACAAUCUGGGACAAGAUGCGCUGACCAGAUACGAAGUGUUGGAGCAUUUUGUCAACGAUCAACAGGACGUGAUGUAUAUGCGUGUCAUGCCAGUCACUGGGCGCAUGCAUCAAAUUCGCGCCCACUUUGCCUGUAUUGGCCGGCCCCUUGUGGGCGACCGUACAUACAAUGAGUUUUCACAGAAUCUGAAGACGCGGCUCUUCUUGCACUGUCACAGGAUGGAAUUGCAUGAUCUUGACUUGCAAGGCCUGGUUGUGGAAGAACCCUUGCCUCAAGAUCUGCAAGACAUCCUUGAGCAGAUGCGCGAGAAAAAACGUUGGUUGCUUCCCAGGCAGUUUUUGGUCAAUGUGGUUUGCUUGCUGCAUUGCUGCAUUGGCUCGGGAUAUGUAUACAGCUGUAUACGCAUAUGCCUCCUGAAUCAAAUAUGCUAA